AUGGAUCACGUAAUACGAGGCCCUGGACCCACUGCAGUGCAGUCCAAGCUCGGUUACUUACUCUCUGGCCCGAUAUACAAGGAAUCUCAUGAAUCGAACACUACGAUACUACACAUAGCUACUAAUAUUCUCGAUGAGAAAACCAAACUUCAGGAAUAUUGGGAUUUAGAAACGAUAGGUAUCAAAGAUGACCCAUCUGACCUAUGCAAGUCAAUGGAUUUUGAGUCAUACUGUGAAACGCAUUUACGGUUUGAGGACAAUGGCUACAUUGCAAGACUUCCGUGGAAAGCAGAAUAUCCACCCUUGCCAACGAAUUAUGACGUGUGCGUGCGACGUACACGAAAUAUGAUUCGAAAGCUAUCACCCGACUUACGCAAGAUGUACAAUGACAUUAUCCAGGAUCAAACCAGACGUGACUUCAUUGAAGAAGUUCCCAUAGAUGAUGUAACCUGUGGUCACUAUCUCCCACAUAGGCCAGUCAAGAAAGAUUCAGCUACAACUCCAAUAAGAAUAGUAUACGACUGUAGCUGUAAAGUUGGUGAAGGAGCUAGCCUUAAUGACUGUUUAGAGACGGGACCGCCACUUCAGAACGAUCUUGCUGCAAUCCUUGUUAGAUUUCGCCUACAUCACUACGCUCUAGCAACUGACAUUGAAAAGGCGUUUCUGAACGUUGGGCUUGACGCAGAGGAUCGGAAGUUUACAAAAUUUCUGUGGUUGACGGAUAGUAACGACCCAAACAGUGCCUUCAAGGUGUACCAGUUUAAAGUGGUGCUUUUCGGAGCAGUGUGCUCACCUUUUAUUCUAAACGCCACUGUCAGGUCACACUUAGACAAACACGAAUCCCCAGUUGCAGCCGAUAUGAAGGACAAUAUCUAUGUUGACAAUGUAGCGAGUGGAGCUGAAAGCACACAUGACACUGUGAAAUACUACCAGGAAUCCAGAAAGGUAAUGAAAUCUGGUGGAUUCAAUCUCCGAGCAUGGUCGUCCAAUUGCCCUGAACUUCGGAAAUUGGCUGAAGCAGACAACGUUUACAACCCAGAUCGAAUUGCCAAUGUGCUUGGACUAGACUGGGAUACUGAACAGGACAUUCUGCGAUAUUCAAAGCGGAAAAUUGAACCUUCAAUAGACAAUCUGGUGACAAAACGUGAAGUUGUUCAAGUUACUAGCAGUAUAUACGAUCCACCUGGACUUCUGUCUCCAGUACAUGUUAUGGCUAAGAUAUUUACACAAGAGCUAUGGACACACAAGUUAGAUUGGGACGAACCGCUGCCGGACGAGCUUAACCAUACUUGGAGAAGGUUGAGUCAGGAGCUGUCAACCGUGACACAAUCAUGUGCCAUUGAUCGCAAAUACUUCGAUUGUCAAAACACUAGCAACGAUUUGUAUAAGCUUCAUGUAUUUGCAGACGCGAGCCCAAAGGCCUACGGGGCUGUUGCAUAUUUGAAAUGUGGCGGAUGCACUUCACUUGUGAUGGCAAAAACUCGGGUUGCGCCGAUCAAACCCAUCUCGCUGCCUAGAUUAGAGCUAAUGGCCGCUUUAAUCGGAUCACGUUUACUGAACUAUCUUCACAGAAACCUCAAACCACUGAUCAACAUUGAACAUGCAUUCCUUUGGUCGGACAGUCAGAUAGUUCUACACUGGAUACACAGUGAGAAAAAGCUGCCUUUAUUCGUUGAGAACCGUGUAAGAGAAAUACGUGCUUGCCAAGUCAUAACCAGAUUCAAAUACUGUCCCACAAAGGAUAACCCUGCCGAUAUUCUUACUCGGGGAAUGAAUGCAUCAGAUCUUCAAAACGCCAUACUCUGGUGGAACGGUCCACACUGGCUUAGAACUUCUGAGUGGCCACAAUGCGAGCUAUUCGAUGGUAAAUCACAUACAAUGGAUACUGACAACGCUGAUCGUGAUCCGGUCGUCAUUGUAACCAACGCAGUCGGUGAACCUGAUGUAGACAUGCGCAUCACCAACGUAAUCGACCCCGAACGUUACAGUUCGUAUACGAAACUGUUGCGCAUCAGUGCUCUCGUACUCAGAUUUGUUGCAAAUGCGAAAAAAAAUCCCCAACUACAAAACGUUGGACCGCUCACGGCAGGUGAAAUUCAAGACGCAGAAACAAUGUGGAUUAAACAUGUUCAACGUCAGAGCUACGGAGAUGAGAUCAAGACGUUAAUGUCAAAACGUAGGACAGCAGGUCCACUCGUGAAACAACUUCGGUUAUUUCUUGACAACGAUGGAAUAUUACGCGCAGGCGGACGAUUGCAUAACGCGCCUAUUGACUACGGAACGAAAUUUCCGAUUCUGAUUCCAUCUAGACAUCGAUUCGCGGAACUUAUCAUUUGGAAUGCACAUACGAACGUUCUUCAUUCAGGAUUACAAUCUACUAUCACGCAUAUUCGCCAGCGUUUCUGGAUUACCAACAUUAGACAGCGCGUAAAAUCGUUGUUACGGCAGUGUGUCACUUGCAAGAGGGUUAUGGGGAAACCAUAUAGGUCACCUAUUCCACCACCAUUACAAGCGUCGAGACUACUUAAGGCACCCCCAUUUACUGUGACUGGUGUAGAUUUCAGUGGUGCUUUAUUCAUACGAAACGAACACUCAGAAUCGAAGGCGUACGUGUGCCUCUUUACAUGCGCCGUUAUCAGAGCCGUUCAUCUGGAACUUGUUACUGAUCUCUCAGUUGGAACAUUCCUUCGUGCGUUCAGACGUUUUGCCGCCCGGAGAUCGCUUCCGAGCAAAAUUAUUUCUGACAAUGCGUCAACCUAUCUCUCUGCGGCUGCAGAACUCAAGCAGUUGUUUGAAUCUGAAUCAGUUAAAACCUAUUUAGCUAACCGCCGUGUUGAAUGGUUGUUCAUACCGAAACGGGCACCUUGGUACGGUGGUUUUUGGGAACGGUUGAUUGGGUUGACAAAGACAGCCUUGAAAAAGGUGCUGGGCCGCCGUUUCUUAACGCUUGAUGAGUUACAGACUGUCCUCACCGAGAUUGAGGCCAUACUCAAUGACCGACCGAUCACAUACCUGUCCUCAGAUACUGAUGAUUUACAACCGCUUACGCCAUCGCAUUUUUUACAUGGUAGACCACUGUCUACUGUUCCUCAUGAGUUGUACGAUACUGAUGAGUUGCGUGACCCAACGUUUGGCAGUCAGUCAGAAUAUUGCAACGACGCGCUGUGUUGA